AUGGCGAAUAUUGCAUUCAACAUCUGGUUUUCUCUGUGUUGCUUGGUGGGAUUGGUUCAGUGUUAUGGAGGCAGAGGAUUCAAUCCAAUAGGAAAGCUCAUAAGAGAGGGAUUGUCGAAGGGUAGGUUGUCGGACGAAUGGACGUGGACGAGUUUUCCAUUGAAUACAACCAGCAAGUUCCCUCUGGAUGGGUUGAAAGAGAGCCAUAAGAUUGAAAGCUUGCCUGGACAACCCAAUGGAGUGGACUUCGAUCAGUUCUCAGGGUAUGUUACGGUGGAUUCUCUGGCAGGGCGCGCAUUGUUCUAUUAUUUUGUGGAGUCACCUCAGAACUCGACUACUAAGCCCCUUGUGCUGUGGCUGAAUGGAGGUCCUGGUUGUUCUUCAUUUGGAAUUGGAGCAAUGAUGGAACUGGGUCCAUUUAGAGUCAACAAAGAUGGAGAAACUCUAUAUCUAAAUAAACAUGCAUGGAACAAAGAGGCCAACAUCAUCUUCCUUGAGUCCCCAGCCGGGGUGGGAUUUUCUUACUCAGACACAACAUCCGAUUAUAAUUCAAGCGGGGACUACAGGACUGCCUCAGAUUCCUACAUUUUUCUCCUUUCAUGGCUGGAGAUAUUUCCUGAAUACAAGACAAGGGAUUUCUUCAUUGCUGGAGAGGGCUAUGCAGGUCAUUAUGUGCCCCAGCUUGCACAGACCAUCCUUCUAUUCAACAGUAUUCCAGACCUACCUAUAAUCAACCUUAGAGGAAUGGCCUUGGGUAAUCCAUAUGUGGAUCGGGAAAUGGCUUUUAAGGGAAUUGUGGACUACUAUUGGAGCCAUGCUCUCAUUUCAGAUGAAAUAUACAUGGAACUUAUAUUGAACUGCAAUGUUUCUUCAGAAGAAUCUGCAUCAGAAGAGUGCAUAGCAUGGCUUCUUCAAGCAGAUAACGCUAUGGGCAACAUCAGUGUCUAUGAUAUCUAUGCCCCCUUGUGCAAUUCUUCAGCGGACUCCAAUUCUAUCUCAGCAUUCGAUCCCUGCUCGGGGAAUUACAUCCAUGCUUACUUGAACAUUCCUCAAGUUCAAGAAGCACUUCAUGCAAACGUUACUGGUCUUCCUUGUCCAUGGGAAUUCUGCAGUGUAAAUAUAUUUGGGAUGUGGAAGGAUAGUCCAGCAACUAUGCUGCCCAGCAUUCAGGAGCUGAUGAGCAGCGGAAUACAAGUGUGGAUAUACAGUGGCGACACAGAUGGUGUAGUACCCGUGACCUCUAGUAGGUAUUUCUUUAAGAAAUUGGGCACAUUAGUUAGGACCCCGUGGUACCCCUGGUACACCCAAGGAGAGGUUGGUGGGUAUGCUGUGGAAUACCAAAACCUGACAUUUGUGACUGUUAGAGGAUCCGGCCAUUUCGUCCCCAGUUAUCAGCCGGCUCGAUCACUGCAACUCUUCUGUUCAUUCUUAAAUGGAACGCUUGGAGCUUCAUGUGUAAUUGCUUUUACAAAGAAUUUCAAUGGCUUUGUCCCUCUGCCCCCAGCCUGCUACAUAUGGAACAAGGGAUAUGACAUGCUUUCUAACUUCAAUAAGGAUAUUUAUUCAGCCUACCACAAGUUAAAUGUCAUUGUCCAUCACGUCAAUCAUUUGGGCUUCUGUAUAAAUGAUACCAAAAAGCUUCUAUUCCAAGUACCACGACCCAACAUGAAGGUUGCACCCUUAACAUGGCUGCUGCCCCUCCUCCUCUGCUACCAACUGGCUUUGCUGCUCCCAUGCAGUGGCGCCACCGAAACUGAAAACCUUUAUAGGCUGAUAAAAUCCCGGAGAUCAGCAAAUCCUCCUCGGUCUGAACUGUGGGAUGAGUUAGAUGGUAGGGAUGGGAAUGCUUCUCCCCUGUAUAUUGGACCCCAGGAUGGGUUGAUGCAAGAUGACAAGAUCGAGUCCUUGCCUGGACAGCCUGAAGGAGUGAAUUUUGAUCAGUAUGCAGGCUACGUGACGGUGGAUCCACAGGCAGGAAGAGCACUGUUCUAUUACUUUGUGGAAUCACCCGAAGAUUCUUCUACUAAGCCUCUGGUGUUGUGGCUCAAUGGAGGGCCAGGAUGUUCAUCCCUUGGAUAUGGAGCCAUGGAGGAAUUGGGACCUUUCCGAGUCAACCCGGAUGGAAAAACGCUUUUCCGGAAUGAGUAUGCAUGGAACAACGUGUCAAAUGUGAUAUUCUUGGAGUCCCCAGCCGGAGUGGGGUUUUCAUAUUCCAACACAUCAUCUGACUACGUCAAUGUGGGUGACAAGAAGACGGCGGAGGACUCCUAUACUUUUCUCAUCAACUGGCUCGAGAGGUUCCCGCAGUAUAAAACCCGGGAUUUCUUCAUAACCGGGGAGAGUUACUCCGGUCAUUAUGUACCUCAGCUUGCCUACACAAUUCUCUCAAACAACAACAAAACUAAUCAAACCGUCAUCAACCUCAAAGGCAUUGCGAUUGGGAAUGCUUGGAUAGAUGAGAAUACCAGCCUUAAGGGGAUUUAUGAUUAUAUCUGGACGCAUGCUUUGAGCUCGGACGAAAGUAACGCUGGCAUUCAGAAAUACUGUGACUUCACUACUGGAAAUUUUUCAACCAAAUGCCUAGACUACACAUAUCAAGCAGACGGAGAGGUCGGACAUAUUGAUGUUUACAACAUAUAUGCUCCACUCUGUCAUUCAUCAGGACCGACUUCCCGCUCCGUGGGUUCUGUCAAUGAUUUUGAUCCCUGCUCCGAUUAUUAUGUGGAGUCCUAUCUGAAUCUGGCUGAAGUCCAAAAGGCUCUUCAUGCAAGAAACACCACAUGGGGAGCUUGCAGCGGAGUGGGAUGGACAGACAGCCCAACGACCAUUUUACCCACAAUCAAGCAGCUGAUGGCGAGUGGAAUCAGCGUAUGGAUAUACAGCGGCGACACUGAUGCGCGUGUUCCAGUUACAUCCUCUAGGUAUUCUAUAAACACCUUCAAACUUCCUGUCAAAACAGCCUGGCGGCCAUGGUACUACAACAAGGAGGUUGGAGGAUAUGUUGUUGAGUACAAAGGGGUGGUUUUUGCUACAGUCAGGGGAGCUGGGCAUCUAGUUCCAAGCUACCAACCUGGACGAGCUCUGACCAUGAUUGCCUCUUUCCUCCAGGGAACGCUUCCUCCUCCCUCUUGACAGAAUCGUCCUCCCAUUCCGACUCCGUAAUUGCUUCAUCGUUUGAAUUUCCAGUUUGUUGAAACCAAGAUUAACCAUGCAAAAUUCCACAUGACAUCCUUCUAAAGAAAGGAAAGUAGAGGACGAGAAAAAUAAAAGGAUAUAUGAUAUUUUGUU